CUUCCAGGACUCCCAGCACGACGGGGCGUCCCCGCCGCCCGAUAGUGGCCAGAAGAAGACUAUAGACAAGAAAGAUGGGAGACGCAUGUCGUUUCAAAAGCCAAAAGGGACUAUAGAAUAUAUCGUUGAAUCAAGAGAUUCUUUGAAUACUGUGGCCUUGAAGUUUGAUACUACUCCUAAUGAAUUGGUGCAGUUAAACAAGCUCUUUUCCAGAGCAGUUGUUCCUGGACAGGUUUUAUAUGUUCCUGAUCCAGAGUAUAUUUCCAGUGUGGAGAGUUCCCCUUCACUUAGUCCUGAAAGUCCUUUAUCACCUACAUCUUCAGAAGCAGAGGCUGAGAAGACAACUGAUUCAGAUGGAGUACAAAGGAAAGAAACAACAGCCAUACCAGGAUAUACAUGUGUUCGGUCUACAAGAGUUGUGUCAUCCACAUCAGAAGAGGAAGAAGCUUUCACAGAGAAAUUUCUCAAGAUCAAUUGUAAAUACAUUACUAGUAAUAAGGGAACUGUCACUGGUGUGCUCCUAGUGACACCAAAUAAUAUAAUGUUUGAUCCACAUAAAAUGGAUCCAUUGGUUCAAGAAAAUGGCUGUGAAGAGUACGGCAUCAUGUGUCCGAUGGAAGAAGUGAUGUCAGCUGCUAUGUAUAAAGAUGCAGAUGGCAAAAUACAGGAUUCAUUACCCAUUGAUGUAGGUCAGUUAUCUGUAAAAGAUCUCUGCCACUUCAAGAAAAUUACAAGAAGUAAUACUGAUGAAAUGGACUUAAGAAUGCGAGAUACAGGAAAUGAUAGUGCCAGCACUGCUCCAAGGAGCACAGAAGAAUCUCUUUCAGAAGAUGUAUUCACUGAAUCAGAACUGUCUCCUAUACGGGAAGAGCUUCUUGAUGAUCUUCGACAAGACAAAUCUUCUGGAGCUUCAUCUGAAUCUGUCCAGACAGUAAACCAAACUGGCACAGAAUAUGUAACAGAUAUUUCAGACUCUGCUAAUAAUACUGGGGGUAUAAACUCCAGUAGAGGACAACCUUUGAAUGAUGGCAGUGCUUCUGUUAAUGAUACUGUGGGGUCGAAAGCAGCAGAGAUAGCAAUAAAAGAAAUUCAGAAUAUUGUACAAAGAUCUACUGCUGAUGCUCAAGCACAACAUGGCACAUGUCAGGAACCUAUAGUAGGAGAUAUACUGGAGAGUGAGCAGCAUUUGCAUUCUGAAAGAAAUGAUUCUAAAAAGGGGGCUACAGAUGAAGGGAAAUCUCUGAAAGAGCCAACUCAAGAUUCUGAGACAGACAUAGAGAUGCUGCGGAAGCUUUGGAAGAGUCAUAGUAUGCAACAAACCAAGCAGCAAAGGGAUAACAUGCACCAUGAAGUGCAUAAAGAAAUGAAACACAAAAUGGCAACAGCGGAUGGUACUAUAGAAGGCUCUCUAAUGAAAGAGAAGAGAAGACAUCGAUUAUACAAGUUCUUGUGUCUCAGAGUUGGCAAGCCAAUGCGGAAAACAUUUGUAUCACAAGCAAGUGCAUUGAUGCAGCAAUAUGCACAGAGAGAUAAGAAGCAUGAGUACUGGUUUGCUGUGCCAUCAGAAAGGACUGAACAUCUGUAUGCAUUUUUUGUUCAGUGGAGUCCAGAAAUAUAUGCAGAAGAUACUGGAGAAUCAAGUAGAGAGCCAGGAUUUAUCGUAGUAAAAAAAAUUGAAACACAAGCUGGUGAAGAUUCAAUUAAUGAAACAGCUGUUAAAGAGUGGGAGGUAGUGUCAGUGGCUGAGUAUCACCGCAGAAUCGAUGCUCUAAAUAGUGAAGAACUACGUGCACUCUGCCGACGUCUCAAGAUUACUACAAGAGAAGAUACAUAUUCAAAGCAGGGAACAACUAUCAAAACCGAACUGGAGCCUGAGGCAUUUCGGCCAAAUCUUAGUGAUCCCAGUGAAUUAUUACAGUUGGAUCAAAUUGAAAAGCUGACAAAACACCUCCCUCCUCGAACUAUUGGCUAUCCAUGGACCCUUGUCUACAGUACUGCAAAGCAUGGCAUGAGCUUGAAGACUUUGUACAGAACUAUGACCGGCUUGGACACACCAGUACUGCUGGUUAUCAAAGACAGUGAUGGACAGAUUUUUGGAGCUCUAGCUUCUGAACCCUUUAAAGUGAGUGAUGGGUUUUAUGGCACAGGAGAAACCUUUCUGUUUACUUUCUGCCCAGAAUUUGAGAUCUUCAAGUGGACUGGAGACAAUAUGUUUUUUCUUAAAGGAGACAUGGAUGCCUUGGCUUUUGGUGGUGGAGGGGGUGAAUUCGCUUUAUGGCUUGAUGGAGAUCUCUACCAUGGGAGAAGUCAUUCUUGUAAAACCUUUGGGAAUCGCACACUUUCUAAGAAAGAAGACUUCAUUAUACAAGAUAUUGAAAUUUGGGGCUUUGAAUAAGAAUAAACUGUUAAGUACUACAAAAGUUUGUCCCAAACCUGAUACUGAUCAAUGCAGCUCAGAAAGCCCUUAAAGCAAUAUAAUGUAGCUUGUUUUGCAAUGCCUUUCAACAUUCUCUGCAUGACCAUCAAAAUGUAUUUCACAUCAGUGUGUUGGGGUGGAGCUGACUGUUCAGAUU